GGGGAAAACUAUGUUUUCCCGACCAUUUAACUGGUUCACACUAGUGAUAUUCAUGGGAUCUGUGGUCGGUGCUACUCAUUCGACCGAAAUCCUCUGCACCACUCUUGUUAAAGAUGGCCCGAUGCAAAUCACCCCCGACUGUGUUGAUCCGAUCUAUAACUCCCCUAUCUUCACCAACACCUCCGAAGAAACCUCACCUGUCACGCAUCGAAAGGUGUCUGGAUACUUCAAUGGCACUGAGACUGAGUUCAACAUCUACAUGCCGUACGACGGCUGGAAAGGCCGUUUCUUCCAAAUGGUUUAUCCGGGGCAAAUGGCUGUAGCGUCGUCCGGAGAGAUCGAGUUUACUAUUGAGGCCGGUGGCUACACUGUCCAUGUUGGUGGCACUGGAGGCUAUCGGGCUGAUGCUGCCGUUGCGAAGAUAUCCCGGAAGCUUGCGCACAAGUUCUACAACCAGCAUUCUCGCAAGAUAUACGGCUACAUUUAUGGUGGUAGUGGUGGCUCUUUCGAGACUGUUGGAGGUGUGGAAAACACCAUCUCUAUUUGGGAUGGUAGCGUGCCUCUCAUCCAGGGAAUUCCAAUCUCAGACCCUACUGGUGCUUCUAUCACUGCAUUUGGAGGAUUUGUGAUGGGGAAUAAAUCAAGGGAUAUCCAGGAUGCGGUCCGCCCGGGCAGUAUCCAUGAUCCUAAGGACAUUUUGAACCCUGUCCAGCGUGCUGUGUGGAAAGAAGUCACGGCUUUAGGUAUGCCUCCCGGGGCUUGGGAGGACUUCGACGGUAGUGGCCGUAAUCGAUCACAGGUUUAUGAGCUUCUCCAGGCUGCGGCAGUUGGCCUGAAGACAACUGAUCCUACUUACGUUGAUGACUGGUGGAGUAAGCCAGGAUAUUUGGGAACAGAGGACUCGGAGCUGGGAGACCUGUUCCGUUCGUCCUUGAUCGAGUUCAACGCCACUGUUUUUCAAGUCGAUCGCGAUGCCGACAACGUCCCAGUAGGAAUGACUUUGAAUGCAUCACCGUUGGAAGCACUUCGUCGCAACUGGUAUGACUUCACCAUUCAGUCGGAAUGCGAAGGAGUGAAGGAUGGCGAAUUCACAGGUCAUAUGGAUCCCGACUCGGGCAAAGUUUCAAUCUACUCCGAUCAGAACAGCACCGUCCUCAACUGUUUGGAAAAGGGCAUAAAUGUUCGUGUGGAUAAUCGGUGGUACCUCGCUCUUCAUACCUUCCACCGGCACGAAGUCCCUAGCAGUGGUGGGUACUACGCCUUUGAUUACCUUCGCGACGAAGAUGGAAAGCCUCGAUAUCCCCAGCGCAGUGUCCUCGCAGCUUUUACUUUCGCAGAGUCGGCGAGUGGCGGUGGAACCAACACUGGGAACUUCAGCGGAAAGAUGAUCGUCAUGGACACCUUGCUGGACAACAAAGCUUUCCCGUGGCAAGCUGACUGGUACCGCGAGAAAGCCAAAAAAGCCCUUGGUGACCGAUUCAAUGACAACUACCGUCUUUAUUACAGCGACCAUGCCGACCAUGAAAUGGGCCCUGUUCAGGAAGCUGUGAAGUAUCGCUUGAUUGACUUCACCGGCCUCUUUGAGCAACAUUUACGCGAUCUCGCCGCUUGGGUGGAAGAUGGAAUUGAACCCCCGACACAAACUAGGUAUAAGAUCGAGAACAGCCAGGUGAAGGUCCCAGCUUCUGCCUCCCAACGGGGUGGCAUUCAACCCGUUGCCCACUUGAAAGUCCAGAAUGGCACUCGGGCAGAAAUCCGCGCCGGAUCCUCAGUGACUCUCCAAGCAAAUAUCGAGGUGCCUCAUGAUGCUGGAAAGAUUGUCUCUGUUGAGUGGGAUCUUUAUGGAAACGCAAGCUUCGCGGCAGUGGACUUCGGACCACCCAACAGGCUGGUCAACGUGAAUGUUACUCACACCUAUGAAACUCCCGGUGUGUACAUUCCAAGUGUCAGAGUCGCUUCCCAUCGAUCUGGUGAGAAAGGAAGUUCGAAUUUUCUAGCAUACAAUAUGGGUCGUGCGCGGGUCGUUGUGAAAUAA